AUGAGCACCGGCAAGAUUCUUUUGUCCACCAAGAAGCAGAAAUAUGCGGUGGUGGCGUCGAACAACAAGACGCUACUGUCCCGCGAUGAUCUCCGCUCUAUCGACCGCUUUGUGGACAAGCGAGUCGUCACGGCGACCUACGCUAAUGGCACGCAGCCGCCACCUUCGCACGGGAUUCCGGCCCUGCCCUUUGAGAAGGUGAGCGAGAACUGCGACAGCGUUCUGCUGCUGUCAGUGAGUGCAAUCGACGAGCGCGAGAGCGCGUUAGAUGUGCCGCUGCGGUUUAUGGCUCCGGAGGAGUAUCAUGCCCCAGGCCUGGAGGAACCACCGACGCGACUGCCACUCGCACGGCGUAUCGUGGCCCUCCUGCAAGGGGUUACUAGUUCGAUGGUCUCGUGGCGUUACACACCGCCGGUGGCGAAGGAUUACACGGUGACGGAGAUUCAGAUCACGAAGGACGCGGAGGCCCGCGCACAUUCCUCGCUUCGUGCCGGCAACAAGAGCAAGGCGGCACACCUCUUUUGUGUAUCCGGGUGCUUCCACUACAACUACGGCAACAUGGAAUGGGCGGUGAGGUGUUUCAAGAAGGCGCUUAGCUUAGCAGAGGAGCUGGGGGAUAUUCGGUGCCUUGCGUUCUGCCACAACAUCUUAGGCGUCUGCUUCUACCGCUUGGGAGAGUACAAGAUGUCACUUGUGCAUCACAAGAAGCAGGAGGCACUUGGCGGCAGCUACGCUCGCGCCGUGGCAGAGAUGAACAUGGGGGUGAGCUACGCCGCCCUCAGCGAGCUCGAGUUUGCCCAGCAGGCGUUCGAGGACGCACUGCUGAAUGCUCGGGAAACGGACGACUCGAUGCUGCUCACUAUCGCACUCGGGAACGUAGGGCUCGUAUCGCUGCGUAUUGGCGAUAUGCGCGCCGCGCAGCUGCACCUGGAGCAGUGCCUGGAGCAGUGUAGCAUAGCAGGUGACAAGAGCGGUGCCUCCUUGUGUCUGCUCCUCCUCGGCGAGGUGUACUCGCUCAUCCACGACCACCAGCACGCGCUGUUCUACUACAAGCACGCCUACCGCCUUGGCGGCGAGGCCAACAACCCGGAUGUGGUGAGUAUGGCUCGCGUCAGUAUAGGCAUCGCACAAGGCAACUUGGAAAUCCGCGACUCCGUGCUGAGAGAGGCAGCCUUGAUGGGAAAGACGAACAGCGUGCAGAGCAUUGUGAGUCAGCUACCUCAGUAG